AUGAAUUCAGAAGUUAACGCGAUGCAUGCAGGUUCUAACCCGUCGCAAGUUAACUUAAACAUGGUAUUCAAGGGUAACGAAAAGAACUCUGUUCGUUUAGCCCAACAAUUUCUGUUCAAACUUGACAUGGCCUUUAAACUACAAGAAAGUAUGGGAAAGGAUGUCUCAGAAUUAUUUAAGGUAGCAACCGCAAUGCUCAACCUCGAUGGAUCCGCUCUCGCCUGGUUCACUAACAGGUAUGGAAACUCCGAAUUACCUUUAUGGCAUCAAUUUGUCGAAGAGUUUACACUCGAAUUCUGUCCAACAGACGAAUUUGAGUUGAGACAAGUGGCAGCAAAAUACAAUGGCUGUCACCAAGGUAAAAAUUCCGUGGAACAAUUUAUCCAGGAAUUUGAAGGGUACCGGACCUUACUCCCAGGUGAGUAUGAGAACGAAUGGGCCACCAGAGAUAGGUUUGUGCAAGGAUUACGUGCAGAAAUUAGAGGACGCGUAUUCCAACAUAGACCAAACUCGCUUGCUGAAGCCAAAUUUUUAGCAAGAGACUUUGAGAAGGACUCAGCACCCAGAGCUAGAGACUUUAGAUUCUCGCAUCAAGAUAGAUGGAGAGGUGAACCAAUGGAAAUAGACUCCAUUAAAAAUAAAAAUUAUCGUGGUCGGAAUUUUGACAGUUAUAAAAGAAACAAGAAUUACAACAGAAACUAUAAUGGUGGUUACGCUGGUAGAAAACCAAGACAGAGAAAAUUUAAAUUAGUUAGGAACCAAAAGGUGGUUGGUUCCGAUAUUGCUAUAAACCCACCUACAAUAGAAAAUGCAAAUCUGCAAUUAAAGAACGAGAUUCAACACUCUACUAAGUUUGACAAGUAUAUACUAGAUAACAAGGAUAUAGAAAAUUUAAGUGUUUCGAACGUUUACAUGGAUAGGAAAGAACUUCCGCUUUUGAAAGUUAAAAAUGAAUUAUUUAAGGAAUGUGUUGCUUUAGUUGACAGCGGUGCGUCAAGAAACUUUUUGGAUUACGAAUUCGUUAAAUCACAUCAAUUAGAAAAUUAUUUAGAGCCUACAGAAUUUGAAGAUGUUGUCGCCGCUAAUAAGAAAACGAUCAGCGUUAAAGGAGAAUUAACCUUAGAAUUACAAUUUAAGCUAAGAGACGAAUGGCAAAAUGAGAAUAUUAGAUUCUUAGUCUUAGAGAAUAUCAACCAUAAAAUGAUAUUAGGUUUCCCAUUUGUUAAAGAUCAUGGAAAUAAAGUUGACUGGGAAAAUAUCGAAAAGGAAACGGAAACUCCUGAAAUCCCAGAUAUCGAAGAACAAAUAGAGUCAAGCGACGAAAACGACUUAGAAGAAACACAAGAAAAUGAACUUAUAGGUAUUAACUCCAUGCGUGCAGUUAGAAGAAAUUUAAAGAAUGUUGAUAAUUAUCCAUUAUUACUGUUUGUGCAGUCAGUUGAAGAAAAAGAAAACAAUAAUGUUUUAGAAGAACCUUACGGUGGUGUUGUUGGAAUUAGGAAGAAAAUUCAUGAAGAAUUUAGAGAUGUGGUGACCAAUGACCAACCCACCAGUUUACCUCCCCAAAGGGAUUUGACUCACAGAAUUAUACUCAUUGAACCUACCAAGAGUACAUACAGACGCCAGUACAAAUUAAGUUAUUCAGAGAAACAAGAGCUGAAUAAACAAGUUGAUGAACUGCUAAAACAAGGUUUUAUCAAGCCUAGCUCCAGUCCUUUCAAUAGUCCUGUAUUAUUUGUCAAGAAGAAAGAUGGUAGUAUGAGAAUGUGUGUCGAUUAUAGGUUAUUAAACAACAAUACGGUAAAAGACAAGUUCCCAAUACCACGAAUCGAUGAAUUAAUCACAUGUUUUGGAGGAGCUUCAGUAUUUUCCAAGUUGGAUUUGAUGUCAGGGUACUUUCAGGUCAGAAUCGCAGAAAAUGAUAUGGAAAAAACAGCCUUUUCCACAGAUUACGGUCACUACGAGUGGGUUGUGAUGCCUUUCGGUUUAACCAACGCCCCUAGUACUUUCCAAAGAAUGAUGAAUAGGAUUCUAGCACCUUAUUUGAACCAAUUUGUUCAGGUGUACCUGGAUGAUAUUAUAAUUUACUCAAAGACUGUCGAAGAACACUACAGUCACAUUGAAAAAAUAUUGGAAUUGCUCAGGAGAAAUAAGCUGAUUGCGAAGAAAAAGAAAUGCUCAUUUUACUUCAAAACCUUAGGUUUCUUAGGACAUCUCAUUUCAAGCAGAGGUAUCCAGACUGACCCUGCUAAGAUAGACAAAAUCAAGAGUUGGCCAAUUCCGAAAAACGCCAAAGACGCUCAAUCAUUCCUAGGAUUAGCUGGUUAUUAUCGAAGAUUUAUCAAAGAUUAUUCUAAGAUUGCAUCUCCUAUAAUGGAAUUCGCAAAUAAGAAAUGUGUUUGGAAAGAACCUCAAGAUAAAGCAUUCGAAGAGCUGAAAGGAAAGUUGAUUAAUGCCCCAAUUUUAGUACAUCCUAUUUGGGAAGAUGGUUAUACAUUUGUGGUGCACACAGAUGCUUGUGGUACUGCGUUAGGUUACGUGUUAGAACAGCUUGAUUCAGAUGGAAAAUUACGUGGUGUAAUAGCCUAUGGCUCCAGGAAAUUAAUAGGUUCAGAAUUAAAUUAUUCAAUAUAUGACCGUGAAUUUCUCGCUGUUGUCGAAGCAUUAAAGAACUGGCGUUACUAUUUAUUAAAUCGGCACUUUGUAUUGAAAACAGAUCACAGAUCGUUGGUCUAUUUAAAGCGACAGAAUGCAAUAGAUAGCCAUAGAGUGGCCAGAUGGUUGGAUUAUUUAGCUGAUUACGAUUUCACCAUUCAGUACGUGAAAGGUCCUACUAAUUCAGUAGCAGACGCUUUGUCUAGGUACCCCUACGAGGAGAAAGAAGUUGGUAUCAACACAAUAGAAUCGGUGUUAACACCAAAUCAGGAACUGCUAGAACGGAUCAUUAAGUCGUACGAUGAAGACAAUGAAAUUAAGGAGAUAUACGACAUAUUGAAAGAGAAUUUGCCGAUCCCGAAGUCAAUCCAUAACCACAUCAAACAUUAUUCAAUUGAGGAUAAUUUACUAUAUUUCUCAGUGGUUAAAGGAGGAAAUGAUCGAAGAAUAGUAGUCUCCCCUAAGUCUAAGUUGGUUCAGGAAAUUAUUGGUAACGCUCAUGACGGUAACUCUGCUGGUCAUUUCGGGUAUUUCAAAACAUACAUGAGACUUCACCCUAUGUUCUACUGGCCAAAUAUGCUAAAAAGCGUGAAGAGAUAUUGUCAAAGAUGUACGGUUUGCCAGAAAACCAAACCCGAGACAACUGGUCAAAGAGGAUUAUUUUCCCCUCUUCCAAUUCCUGAAGGAAGAUGGACAGACAUCAGUUUGGAUUUUGUCACAGGUGUUCCCAGAUGCAAAAAUGGACACGAUAUGAUUUUGGUAGUGGUGGAUAGAUUCACGAAGAUGGCACAUUUCAUCCCCACUAGGAAAACUGCAACCGCAGAGCAAUGUGCAAAAUUGAUGGUAGAUAAUUGUUUUAAAUUACAUGGGAUUCCAAAAAGAAUGGUUUCGGAUAAAGAUAUAAGGUUCAUGAAUAAAUUUUGGUUUACGGUGUACAAGAUAUUUGGUACAUCCUUACUUUUCUCGACCACUAAUCAUCCUCAAACCGAUGGUCAAACAGAAAGAACGAACAGAAUCUUAAACCAGUUACUAAGAAAUUAUGCGAGUAACGAUCUCUACAGUUGGGACAAAUGGUUGUCAAUGGCCGAAUUUGCCUACAAUAGUUCCCAUCAAGUCUCGAUAGGUUCAUCACCAUUUGAAGUUUGCUAUGGUUACUUACCAGACUCGCCAAUGUUUAUUUCUAGCAGUCGUGUUUCAAGUAGAAGGUACAGCAAUAAAGCUGAAGAAUUCGCAUUAGAAAUGAAAGUCAUCAUGGAAAAUGUGAAAGAAAACAUGAUUGAAGCGCAAAGAAGUCAGGAAACACAGCAUAAUAAGUCGAGAGUGUACGAAACAUUUGAAGUUGGAGAUUGGAUACUAUUACACAAAGAUGCAUAUGGUAGUGAUAGAUUGUAUUACAAAAUACAACCGGUAUACUACGGACCCUACAAGGUUGUCAAAAAGAUAUCAGACAACGCUUACGAAGUUGAUUUACCGAAAACGAAUAAAAAGGAUAGAGUAAUCAAUGUCAGAUGGCUUAGAAGAUUCUUACAAACGGAUAAACAGUUUCCCAAGGUACCCCCAAGAACAAUAGCUGAAGCAAGAAGUAGACUGACCGAGAUUAUCGGUAUAGCUGGUAUCGACGAAACAAACGAUACAUUGGAUGUCUACUGGAAAGAUUGUGACCCUUGUCAUAGUUCAAGCAUCCCAUUUUCAUUAUUUUUAGAGAUCCCAGAAGAUUUACAGAGAACUUUAUGGGAUAAUGCAAAAGCAAUUGAUAAGGACAAUAAACUUCGGGACGAAGUUUCUAAAGCGGCGGAGUAA